CUCGCUAAUACACUUCCUGUUUGCCGUGUUUGUGAGCCAGUUUUUGUAUGUAAAGCGCAGAAGACACUUCGGCGUACGGCUCCGCUCUUUUUACCCAGGAUGUGGGUUUGCCUAUUAAAUCGUGAUGUGCGUGUUGAAUGAAUGGCAGCGACGCUGAACAGGAGACACCUUUCCUUGGAUUUUUUGGACUUUUAAGACACGCACAGGAGCUAUGGAGGCUGGCCAAUAACCCACAGAACCUGAGUGGUGAAUAUGCAGCACACCUCUUGUACAGAGGACCGGAUCCAGCAUGCUCUGGAUAGGUGUCUGGAUGGACUGCGGCAAAGUCCCACAGCAGCACAUCACUGGAACGUGCUGAUGUGCUCAGUGGGACAGUCAAUGAAUCGAUGGAGCCUGGAGGAGCUGGUGAAGAGAGAUCCGGACAACUUCAUCAUCCUUUUACAGCAGAUCAUCAGGAAGACCCGAGAGGUUCAGGAGCAGUGUCAGUAUGAGCUGGUGGCUCCUCUCGCUAUUAUGUUCUCCUCCACGCUGCUGCAGACACCGUACUGCACUGAUAACACAGACCUGCUGGAGGAAGCUAUGGACGUGUUUUGCCAUUUCCUCACAUGGCCUGAACCCUACUGCGGUGUGUGUAAAAAGCUUCUCUCCACAAUACAGCUAGAAAUGAAGGCCCCAGGAAUUUCCUUUCAGAGACUGGUGAGGGACGAGCAGGGCUUGAACACAUCCAUCCAGUGCUCAAAAACCAUGACUGUGUUGCUGAUGAACCCCAGUGAAGUUCCUGCUGACUUUGUUUCAGUGGCUGAGCAGCUCAGCUGCGUUCAGCACUCACAGAGAGAAACCUACAUCACUUUGAUUAAACACGCCUUCCAGUCCACACUAGGCACCAAGUACCCUCUGCACAGCAUUCACAGAGCUCUGCAGGAAAAAACUGUGAAUGAGCUGGAGGAGAUCUACUCCUUGGUAAGCGAUGCCUUAGAGGCAGCUGCUACCAUGAGUGAACCGCUGAAGGGGCGGAGUCAUGUCAUCCAGGGACUGGAGAAACUCAGGGAGAUGAUGAAGAUCCCUGCUUCCAAUGGAAGGAAGUCUGAUGGAAUGUUGCAGACGCUACCACUGCCCACAGCCAAAUGUUACAUGUUUAACUGGGAAAAAGAUAACUUUGAUGUUCUGAACACCCUUUUGGAGCAUGAAACUGGCUACCUGUCCACUAAUGAGCAGGAAGAAGAGGGUGAUAUUGAUGACGAGAGUGACUACCGCAACAGCCAUCGUGCCUCUACCUUCUCCACGAUCUCCUCCACAUCCAAAGACUCCAUGUUCUCCACCUUGUCUGUAGCCUCAGAAUCGUACGCUCCCUCCCUUCUUUCUAUCACCUCUGGAGCUGAUAGUGACUACUUUGAAGAUCCUGAUGACUACAUUUGCUCCUCUCCUGUCGCUGAAAAAUGUUCGCCAAAGUCAACGAAAAGUCCAGCUCGACUAAGCCAACACUUCUACCGGCUUUUCAUCAAACCCAAGAGCCCUCUUUCCCGGGCCAAAAGUUUAGGAAACACUGAAUCGAAAGACCUUUUUGUGGUGCGAGAGAAGCGUUCCAACUCCCUGCCCCAGCAGGUCAGAUUACGUAGUCCUGAACCCUUACUCCAGCCACAAAGUCAAACCCUUAAACACGUCUGCUUCCGAAGGAGGCCUAUUCUUAGCAGUGAUGAAGACAUUAAGAAUAUUACGCUGAGGGUGGUGGUAUUUGGUGCUGAUCAUGUAGCGGGGAAGGUGGCCCGAGCAUACAAUGACCUCAGGAGAAAGGAGACUGCAUGUCCGCGUCUCAGCAGGGCUUUCAAUCUUCAGUUCUACUUUGUGCCAGUGAAGAAAGACUCUGCAGUAAUAGCAGCUCGGAGAGGUUCUAGUCCUUUAAUUCAACCUGGAGCUUCAAAGGGAACAGCCCUGUGUAACGACCACAUGGGCAUAGGGGACAGUACUAAUGACAUUGCCCAUCUCCUUGGUAUGCUGGAUCCUUGGUACGAAAGAAACACCCUCAGCCUGCUUAACUUGCCAGCCAACAUCGUCUGCCAGCAAACCUCAAAAACAGAGUCCGAGUCCUACGAUAGCUCAUAUGAGCAGCGUCUACCCAUCCUGGCCGACUUGGUCCUGUACUACUGCCGCUAUGCUGCUCGGCCAACUCUAAUCCAGCUCUAUCAGGCUGAGCUGACGUUAGCUUGUGGAGAGCGGAGGACUGAGGUGUUCGUCCACUCCCUGGAGUUGGGUCACGCCGCAGGAACGCGAGCCAUCAAGGCCAUGGGUGCUGCCAGUAAACGUUUUGGCAUUGAUGGUGACCGAGAAGCAGUCCCUCUAACUUUGGAAGUUGUGUACAACAAGGUUGUUAUUAGCGGCAGAAGUCAGUGGAAGCGAGAAACCAAAGUUUGUACUUCAGUAAACUUAAUCAAAGCAUGCAAGAAUCCUGAGGAGCUAGACUCAAAGAUGGAGUGCCUGCAGCUGACAAUGACUGAAGUCCUGAAGAGACAGAAUGGGAAAUGCAAAAAGGGCUACAACCAGCAGCUGACUGUGACUGAGGUGAAGGUGGACAAGGUGCAGGUCAGCGGUGUUGAAAACACAACUUUUGCUGUGUGCCUGGACCAGGAUGAGAAGAAGAUACUACAGAGUGUCACCAGGUGUGAAAUAUCAGUGUGCUACAAACCUGACAGCUCCACUGACUGGAGGCUACGAAAAUUCCAGGCCUCUGCUCAAAUCCAGCCACUCCACCCGACCUUCUGCUCCCUCCUCUGCCUGCCCAUAGUCACUUUUAGUGGGGCUCUUCCCUGAAACUGCGGACCACUGAUCUGGGAAAGAUGCUCUGCACUUUUGUGCAUAUUCUGUGAAAUUAGAGACUAACUAAAGAGGAUAUUUUAAUAUUUUUGCUAAUUUUUACUUGGACAGAUUCACAUGAUGGUGCCUUCGACCUGCAGUGGGGUGUAACAUUUGGAAACAUAAAAACAGGGAUAGUAACAAAAGUCACCUGAUUAUUUUAUUUUAUUUUAUUUUAUGUUAUUUUUUAUAUAUAUUUACACGUACCAGAAGACCCAGGCAACCAAGAGACCGAGUUGAUUGUGUGUUGUUUUCUUUGUACACAGCAGUCAUUCUGUGUAAUUAGGGAACACUUUGGGUUUCAUUCAUCAAGUUUCACUUCCGCUUUCUGCACUGACAGACAAACAUGACUCCACCCACAGUCACAUUAAAAUAUCCUCUGGGUAAACAGGGUGAAUCUAGAGAGUCUUGGGUGAAAAGGAACACAAACUAGCAACACCAUAUGCUGUGCUACCAGGCUCCUGGUGAGGGAGAUGUUAAGACUGUGGUAUAUUGGAGUCAAAGUUUACCAACUUUUCUCCCCCAAUAGACACAUCCAUGUGGAUGUGUCUAUUGGGGGUUAUAAUCAGAUUAGGUGACAAUAUCUGAGAAUGCACACUAUUAGAGAAUAUGUAAAUAUUAUUUUUGUAAAUAUUCUGCCGUGUACUAUAACUUGAAAAUCACAUCAUCAUUUUUAUGCCUGUUAUACACAGUUAUAACAUUUCUCCUAAGGAGUUACACUGUACUGUUUUAACUGAAAUUAUAAGUAUGACCAGCAGAGGGCCCCAGUGACUUUUUUAUUUGACUUCACUUGAAGUACAGUGUACUUGGAAUAAAGUGUCUUUGUAAUUACUGUAAUAUAUUUUAUAAACGAAAUGUUUUUGAUUUUGUUUUUAAAUAAGGACACCAGUAGGGGAAAAGGUGUUUAAAAAUAGAUUUGGAUGUACACUUCCUGCAUGAAAAGGAACUGAUUCAUUGCACUUUACACUCAGUAAUCUGUGCAAUUAAAAUGUUAUUGUUUUGUUAGUGUAAAGGGAUAAUAUCCUGAUGACUUGACUGACGCUGAAAUUGAAGCACUGCAGAUUGGUAUAAUUAAAUGACAUGACAAUCGAGCGAGCAGGCGGUUAAAUUAGGUACUUUUUUUUUGUUUAAAUGUCAGAUAAAUGCAUGACACCAGUGCCCUCCAUCUACAUGUGUCCUCUGAUGAAAGUGUGAUAUUUCUUUCUGUAAAUUAUAUUUGUCUAUCUAUGAAACAUCUUCAAUUCAGAGAUCAUUAAAAUAUGUA